AUGGAAGAACCGGUUUCGACUUCGCGACAGGCAGUUCAAGUGUUCAAACCAGACGCUGGUCCAUCCACUAAAGAGCCACUUCUGUCUUCAUCACCGGGGUUUGGCACACCGGCAUACCCAAUUGUUAGUCGACCACCAGGUAUAAAACAGGCAUUUGCGCCGCCACUGAACACUACGACGAACAAUGUUCCUACUGUUCUACCGAUCCUCCUUCCACCUCAGACCCUUCGACCCGUUGCAUUUAGAACCCUCACGAAGAAACAUAACUUGACCCUGACCUCGUCAGGACUGGGCCUCCUCUCCACGUUUGUUGGCAAAUUUUGUGGCAGCGGAUGGCGGGAAGAGGGCCUUGCAGAACGCGUUCUUGAUGAGAUCGCAAAGCAAUGGAAGAGGAACGGAGGCGGGCUCAUUGUCGAAGAUGGGCCGGAGAAGAAAUUGUCCCGUAUUCUCAAGACUUUGGAACCAUGCAUGUUUGACGGGCGACUGGACACGGGGAUGCUGUCUCGCCGUAACGGCUCGGUGGCGAGUCCGAACCGAUCACGGACCGGCUCAUUUAGUAGUCGGCCUGAAGCAAGCAGAGACCACCAUCAGACGAGUCUAGGGGUCCCAGGCCUCGACGCGGAAGAAAAUGGCGACAUGGGCGAGGAUAAUGCGGCAGAAAUACAACUUGAUGCGCGCUCAUACCUAAAGGUGAUUUCUGCAUUUGAGCAGCCCCGUCUCAUAUACUCGACGUCCAAGAAAACUCUGGAGCAUAUGUCUGGAUCCGCAAGCCUGCUUCCUCCUAUCCAACACAAGAUAUCAAUGUUCAAGAACCGAUACAACCUAGUCCACCAGCGGCUAAUGAGAAACGAAUCCUUUCAGUCGCCGGCAUUCUCAAUUACUACACGGCCACCGAGCUUGAUGCAUUCCGGGAGCAGUGUAACAACUCUCCAACAAGCAUAUAAAAUUACUCCCAUUUCCAACCUCCUGGGCCGAUCAGGGUCACCCCAUCUCCUCCUCGGCAUGCUCGUCCAUUCAGCAGCAGGUGACCUUGCCUUGACAGAUCUUUCGGGGAGCGUGGUUCUUGAUAUAUCAACCACCCGCCCGGUCCCCGAGGAUGGAGCAUGGUUCUGUCCAGGAAUGAUUGUCCUGGUCGAGGGAAUAUAUGAAGAAGAUGGCUCUCACAGUUCGAAUCUUGGUCCGGCCGCAGGUGUGGGCGGCCAGAUCAAAGGCCAUUUCCUCGCCGACACCAUGGCUGGGCCUCCUGCAGAACGGCGUGGACUCACCAUCGGGUUAUCGGAUGGGCAAGACUCAGAAAAGGCGCGUACAAACGUUGGGGCCGGUUUCGGCUGGAUUGACUUCCUGGGCGUAGGAAGUGAAAAGGCAGUCGGCUCCCAAAUGCGACGAAUUCGGAGACGUCUUUUUGGACCACCAGCCUCCCUGCACGAUAUAGACGAAGAGGAAUCUCAGCCUCCACGGACCAAAAUCGCCAUACUGGGAGAAUGCAAUCUCGACAGCCCCCGGACCCUUGAGGCUAUCCGUGCGAUUCUAUCCUCGUACAGCAACUCCAGCCCGGAUGCUUCUGACCUCCCGCUUUCCAUGGUAAUGAUGGGGAACUUUGUCUCGGCAGCCUGUAUGGCUGGCUCUACCAAAGGUGGUGGAAGCGUGGAGUAUAAAGAACAUUUCGAUGCUCUGGCCUCCGUGCUUUCAGAGUUCCCCUCUCUGUUGUCCAAUAUAACAUUUGUCUUCGUCCCGGGCGACAACGAUCCAUGGGCAAGUUCAUUCUCGGCUGGCGGCGCAUGUGUACUUCCUCGGCAGGGAGUUCCAGAGUUAUUCACCUCGAGGAUUCGAAGAGCUAUGGUGACGGCAAACGCAGAGAGCAGAAGAGGCGACAAGAACGUGCCCGCUGGAGAGGCGAUCUGGGCUACCAACCCAGCGAGAUUGAGUCUGUUUGGGCCAUUGGAGGAGAUCGUCCUGUUCCGAGAUGAUAUCGCAAGUCGGUUCAGGAGACAAGCCAUCACCUUUUCCAAACCUGAAGGCGACGAUGUCGGUGGAGACGAGCGGAUGGGAACGCGACCCACAGCGCCAGAAUGCCCGAACACUGACGGCAUGGAGCUCGACGAUCACAGCAACACUACCGAAUGUCUUGACAAAAUGGUCCACGAGGCAACCUCACACCUCCCAUCCGCUACGACUGCCACGACGAAACCUACCAGCCACACGACGCCAGCAGCGAGGAAACUGAUCAAAACCCUUCUCGAUCAAUCUCACUUAGCGCCCUUCGCACAUUCUAUCAGACCUGUGUUUUGGGACCACGCGGCUGCGCUGUCCCUGUACCCGCUACCCUCGGCGUUGGUGCUCGCGGACUCGGAAAUGCCAUUAUUUGCCAUCACAUAUGAGGGAUGCCAUGUGAUGAAUCCAGGAAGGGUGGUCGAUGAGUUGGGAAAUAGUCGACGUGCGGCGCGCGGGACCGGCAUGGGCAGAUGGAUUGAGUUUGAUGUUAAGAAAGGGAGGGGCGAGGCGAGGGAGGUGAGGUUCUGA